AGAAGGUGUGGUUUUACUAAGUCAGAAAGAGCAUAUGUCAACCAAGCAGGCUACUGAACAGUGCAACAGCACAGUUUAUCGCCUCGGUCUUCAUUGUGUUUCUGUGACAUAGCUGACAGCAGCUUACUCUGUCAGAUUUCUUUAUUAAAAUGGACUGUGCAUUUGAUAACCUGGAUGCAGCUGGUUUCCUGGAAAUCUGGCAACACUUCGAUGCAGAUGAUAAUGGCUACAUUGAGGGCAAAGAGCUUGACGAAUUUUUCCGUCACAUGAUGAAGAAACUUGGUCCAAAGGAGAAAGUGACUGACGAGCAGGUUCAGAGACUGAAGCAGAGGUUCAUGUCCGCCUACGAUGUCACUGCUGACGGGAAACUACAGAUCCAGGAGUUGGCCAAUAUGAUCCUCCCUGAAGAUGAGAACUUCCUGUUAGUUUUUCGCAGAGAGGCUCCUCUGGACAACAGUGUUGACUUCAUUAAGAUAUGGAGGAACUAUGAUGUUGACAGCAGUGGCUACAUAUCAGCUCAGGAGCUCAAGGCUUUCCUGAAAGACCUGUUCCGGCAGCACCGCAAGGAAGUGUCUUCUGACAAGCUGGAGGAUUACACCGACGCAAUGAUGAAAAUCUUUGACAAAAACAAGGACGGCCGUUUGGAUUUGAACGACCUGGCCAGGAUCUUGGCUUUAGAAGAGAAUUUCCUGCUUCAGUUCCAGUUGGAUGCCUGCAGUAAAGAUGAGAGGAAGAGAGAUUUUGAGAAGAUCUUUGACCAUUAUGAUGUUAGUAAGACAGGAGCGCUGGAAGGUCCUGAGGUGGACGGCUUUGUCAAAGACAUGAUGGAGCUGGUCAGGCCCAGUAUCACAGGUCCCGAGUUGGACAAGCUGCGAGGGGUUCUGCUGCGUCACUGUGACGUCAACAAGGACGGAAAGAUCCAGAGAAAUGAGCUAUCCCUGUGUCUUGGAGUCAAGCCUAAACCCUAGUUUAGAGAUGUGUUAUGAUAUUGUGCUAUGAAAACACUCACUCUGUAUUUGUUCGAGAGUCAAUAAUGGUAGAAUGCUGUGCUUUAGUCAAGAUCAGUCUGAGGUUAUUUAAGGUCAGUCUUCAUAAAGUUUUAUUUGAUUCUGAAUAUGAUAGAAACAAAUUGGAUAUUGUGUUCUAUGACUUCGAAUUGUGCAUGCUUUAGGACAACAAGAAAACAAUUAGAUAAUAAUGCUUUAUGAUGUCUGGUGUUUUGUAGUGUAUUAAUCAGUUUGUCAGUGUCAGUGUAGCUUUUGAAAACAGAAUGAUUUUCAUUGCAAUAUUAAGUUUUGCUCUUUUAAUUAAGAGCUGGUAUAUGCUGGCCAUUACUGACAUUUGGCCACGUGCAUGCUUCUCUGCCAAAAAACCCUGUUGAGAAAAAUAAAUGAUGAUGAUGAA